AUGGUCGUCCCUCUUCCUGAUGCCAGGCAGCUGUAUUUCUUUCCCGUGGGGCUUCACCUGGCCAUUCACAUCCAUGUGGCACCUAUGGCACGUUACAAGAACCCCUGUGAUCAGUUUUCAUUCCAUGGGAGUAAGUGGGUGAAUCUCCAGCUUCUUCCCCCUUGCUUGCUGCAGCUUGGGGUGGGUCACCUGGAGCCAGCUUCGUACGCUCUCGCCCGCCCUCGGAAAACCGUGUCCCGGCGCCAUCACAUCUUCCAGACCCACGGGGAGCAUUACGCGAGCACUGAGGAGGCGCAGGGCGCCGCAGCGUCUGGCCAUCUGGCAGAGGGCAGGGUCGCCACGCGGAGACUGGAGGCGCCGCAGGGGUUCGGCGAACGCGUGGCCGCCCACAUCCAGCGGGCCCGAGCCCUCGAACAGCGCCACCGCGUCCUCCCCUGGCGGUUGGAUGCCUUCCAGCGCCUGGGAGAGCUGGCGGGUCCGGAGGAUGUGCUGGCCGGUCAAGUCCGGAGCAACUGCCAGCUAGCCCGGGUGGUGGCGGAGCACGCCCGACUGGAACUCCAGGGCACAGAGGCGCAGCGCGCGCUCGCUUCGAUGAGCUCCAGAGCAAGAAGAGUGUCAGAGGAAGAAGAUGAAGCCUUACUUGGGAAUCUUCGUCAUCAGCUGGAAGCCCAGUUUCUGCAGGAUGGUAUCAGUGCAACAAAGGAUAGGUACAAAAAGAAUCUUAUGGAAAUUCAGACCUAUGUCGACAUCCUGCAUCAGAUUGUCCAGACCGCCCUUCCAGCAUUUACAAGCAGGGUGAGGGAGGAAGCAGCUGCCCUGCAGAGUCAGCUGGAGCAGGGUCAAGAAGUGCUUUCUGACUUGCAGGCACAGAGAACCGGAUUGCAAGCUCAGACAGCAAAUCUGGAACCGACAGUUAAAGAUGCCCAUGAGUGCUGUGAUGUAGAGCUGCAGCUCUAUAAACAGAUUGAGUUCCUGCGGCAGGAGAUUGAAGAGACAGAGAGGGUCCUGGAGGAGGCUUCCUUUGACUGCCAGCUGCUGCUCUUCUCCCAGCAAACCCUAAAAAAUGGGCUGGACCGAUAGCGGAUCAUUCAGAAUGAAGGCAACCGGCUGAGCUCCGCCUUCACUGAAAUUCCUCUCACUCUGGUCACCCCAGGCCAUGGAGCCUUUCUCAGCCCUGGACCUGUUGGAAAAGGUAAUGCUUCCAACCUUGCCUUCUAUUUUCCUCUUUCCUAUGGCUGUGCAGGAUAUAACAACAGCAAAAUCAAGGCAAACGGCCUUCUCAAGAACUUUCCAAGGAGAAAAGAGAUCAUUGCUAAAGGGAAAGCAGAAGAAAGACUCUAUGCAAUAUGGCCAAGCCAGAAGUCCCAAAGCCAGAGCCCCCAACUAAUCUCUACACUAAAAGGCGCUUCGGGAAGGUCUUGGGAGAUGCCAGUUAUGCAAACCCUGGAUUCUGCUCCCAGCUCCUCCCGGCCAGAAGAUGACACUGUGGAUCCUGACAGCCAUGUGGAGCCCUCCUCUGAGCAGUCCCAGCUGCCUUUGGGGAAUGAACAGGCAGAUUCCCAGGGGAGAGAAGAUGGACCACCAGCUAACCAGCAUACUGCAAAGAGAAUGAGAUAAAUGCGAAGAACUGCUGUCCCUGGGAAGAAACACAAAAGCCAGAUGGAGGAUGAGGAGGCUGGGAAAUCCUGUCCUGUGGUCACACCUGGUUUAGAGGGGCCAUCUACACCCCAAUAUCAAAGUCAGGAUGGAUCUGAGGGGCAGGGUGCGAGAAGCUGUAGCUGGCUGGAGGGAAGCUCUCAUAGCACUUUGGCCAACAGGAAGGUGGAAGUGGUAGAAGGAGAGAAGCUUUCUGUGGAGAGCAUUCAGAUAUAUGAAGAAAGUGCUAUAGUUGUAGAGAACACAAUUGGAAAGGCAAAGGCAAUAAAGAAGAAACUGAAGAGGUUCUAAAAUACCUAGACUCCAAAGUGGAACCACUUUGAGGGAAAUGCUUUGAUAUUUGAAAACAAAUGAUAAAGAGUGAAGAAUCCUGUUUGUAUCAGAUUAUAGCUGACCCAUCUGCU